AUGAUUAAAGAAAAGGCGCUUUUCUGGAUUAUCCAUCCACGACAGGAAGCUGCAAGGACAACUAUGCAAUCCAGAGCUUCUUUGGGGCUGCCCUUCCAGCUGCGGCUGGUGCACAAGAAGUCAUGGGGCCAUCGGCUAAGAGACCUCAUUUCCGGCUUUUUGCAAUCAUGCAAACCCAUUGCCAGGUACAUUUUCCCCAACUUCAUCGCGGUGCACUAUAUCUACCUGAUUACACUAUCGAUUAUUGGAUCUAUCUUAUUGUAUCCGUGCAAGAACACGCCGUUCAUCGACGUGUUGUUUCUGGCCGCUGGGGCGUCUACGCAAGGCGGGUUGGCCACCAAGAGCACUAACGAUUUCAAUCUGUACCAGCAGAUAGUGGUUUACGUCAUCACGGUGCUGUCUACACCGAUAAUUAUCCAUGGGUUUUUGGCCUUUGUCAGAUUGUACUGGUUCGAGAGGUACUUCGACAACAUUAGGGACUUUUCCAGACAGAACUUUGAGCUGAGAAGGACCAUGACGCUGCAACAGAGAGAACUUUCAGGCAACAGUGGUGAUGCGACUCGAAGUAGAAGUUUCAAAGACAACCUAUUUCGUGGGAAAUUUGUUUCCAGGGAAGACCCACGACAGCCUACUUCAGAUAUGUCCAUGGACCGUCCAGACACGCUGACGUCGUCUUCCGUUUCACCCUUGAAUGUUUCGUCUUCUAAGGAUGACUCCAGCGACACUCAAGCGUCCCCUCCACACUUCUCAAGUAAGCGGCAACUCUCACAGGUCGAUCCAACAGAUAUUUACAGGUCAAUAAUGAUGCUACAAGAAAAACAAGAAAAGAGGAAGUCAGACUCCACCAAUUCUUCUUACAGCGAGGCCAAUGGGCCUGCUUUCAUGGUACAAGAACGUCACGAAAGAAGGGCCUCGCACUACUCGCUGGGGCGCCGACAUCCCGUUUCGUCAUCCUCUCAGGAAUUGAGCAAACUGGCCCAGACUAAAAGCUUCCAGAAAAUGCCUCACUUGCAGAGAGAAGAAGGUGGCAAUGACUUUGACGAUGCUCGUCGCAGGUUUAUGGUCAGCAAGAAAAAAAACAUAUCCAGAACACAAACUCUGAACACCCCUACGUAUGUUGCCCCAGCAGACCCUGAAAACUCAAGCCAAGUAGCCCAAGAUGAUAGAAAUUCAGCAAAGUCAGCACCCGCAUCAUCUGCCGACGAAGAGAUGAGCUUUUCGCCUCAAGAAUCCUUGAAUCUGCAGUUCCAGGCACACCCGCCCAAACCAAACCGAGACGAAGACGACGUGCAUCAUCCCUUUACCAGAACAAUGAGCACCAAUUACCUAUCAUGGCAACCGACCUUUGGCCGAAAUUCUCUCUUUAUUGGGCUCACAAAGCAACAGAAGGAGGAACUUGGCGGAGUGGAAUACCGUGCUUUGAGACUGUUGUGUAAUAUUCUUUUGAUAUACUACAUCGGAUUCAACGUUUUGGCGUUUGUGACCAUAGUUCCAUGGGCGUGCACCAGGCACCGCUAUGCAGAGAUCAUUAGGCAAAAUGGAGUUUCCCCAGCCUGGUGGGGGUUUUUUACCGCAAUGAGUGCAUUUAGUAAUUUGGGCCUAUCUUUGACUGCUGAUUCCAUGGUCUCUUUCAACACUGCUCCCUAUCCCUUGAUUUUCAUGAUGUUAUUCAUCAUCAUAGGCAAUACGGGCUUCCCAAUCAUGUUGAGAUUUACCAUUUGGAUUAUGUUCAAAAUCUCGAGGGACCUCUCUCAGCUAAAAGAAAGCCUGGGGUUUUUAUUGGAUCAUCCGCGCAGAUGCUUUACAUUGCUAUUUCCCAGUGCUCCCACAUGGUGGCUGUUUGCAACUUUAAUUGUCUUAAAUGCCACGGAUUGGAUCCUAUUUAUAAUCCUGGAUUUCAAUACCACUGUAGUUAGACAAGUUGCUAAAGGCUAUAGAGCUCUAAUGGGUCUCUUCCAAUCUGUGUGUACAAGAACUGCUGGGUUUAACGUUGUCGACCUAAGCAAAUUACACCCGUCCAUUCAGGUGUCUUAUAUGCUAAUGAUGUACGUCUCGGUCUUACCGCUCGCAAUUUCCAUAAGAAGAACGAAUGUCUACGAAGAACAAUCGUUAGGACUAUACGAUAAUGGCCAGGAGGAGGGUAGUACAAAGGAUGAUACCCAUGAUGACGAAACCGAACAGAGUGGCACUACACCAGUGAAGCCCAAACCUAAGAAACAAUCUCCCAAAUCGUUUGUUGGUGCUCAUUUGCGGAGACAACUGUCAUUUGAUCUGUGGUUCCUAUUCCUUGGAUUGUUCAUAAUAUGUAUAUGUGAGGGUGGAAGAAUCGAAGAUGUUAAUGAGCCUGACUUUAAUGUCUUUGGUAUAUUGUUCGAAAUCGUUAGCGCUUAUGGUACUGUAGGUUUAUCAUUGGGUUACCCAAAUACAAAUACUUCGCUAUCUGCGCAAUUCACUGUGUUAUCAAAACUAGUCAUAAUCGCCAUGCUAAUAAGAGGUAGGAAUAGGGGCUUGCCGUAUACUCUGGACCGUGCCAUCAUGCUACCAAGUGACAAGCUGGAACAAAUUGAUCGUCUGCAAGAUAUGAAAGUUAGAGGGAAGUUGUUGAGAAAAUUUGACGAAGAUCCAAUGACUACUUACGUCAAAAAGAGAUCCCACAAAGUGAGAAAAGUAGCCAAAAAGUUCUGGAGGAGACAUUAA